GGUGUGGGUCUUCAUCCCAGGAUGCAAGCGUGCGAGGGCAGCGCAGCCGGACGCCGGGCCUUCGACAGCAUCUGCCCCAACAGGAUGCUGGACCUGUCGCGGCGGACCCUCGGCAAGCCCGGGAAGCCAGAGAGGAAGUUGGUUCCUCCGUGGAAGUCCUUUUCGGGAUGCGGUGGCGGCAGCCCAGUGUCGGUGUACGAGGACCCUCCGGACGCAGAGCCCGCCCCACUGCCAGCUCUCACCACCAUAGACCUGCAGGACCUCGCCGACUGCACUUCGCUGCUCGGAACCGAAGCGUCUCCUAGUGGCGAUUCGUCCCCAUCGCAGAACCCCUCCUUGCAAACCGAAGAAGACUUCGACCUGCAGAAUUUCAGAGAUGCAGUGGAUGACCUCAUUGCAGAUUCAUCCUCUUUGAUGUCGCCUCCCCUGACCAACAGUGACUUUCCCUUUUCUCCUUGUGAUGUUUCGUCUUUUGGGUCCUGCCUCUCCCCAUCGCUGGACCCACCUGCCUUGGGGUCUCCAGACCUGCCGCCACCACCAACGGAGCAGUACUGGAAGGAGGUGGCUGACCAGAACCAGAGGGCACUGGGGACUGCUCUCAUAGAGAAUAACCAACUGCACGUGACCCUGACGCAGAAGCAGGAGGAGAUAGCCUCGCUCAGGGAGAGGAACGUGCAGCUGAAAGAACUCGCCAGCCGGACCCGGCACCUGGCCUCAGUGCUAGACAAGCUGAUGAUCACGCAGUCUCCUGCCGAGCCCUUCCAGAUCAAGGCAACAACGAAAAGGAGCCUGGAGGAGCUGUUCUGUGCUGCGGGGCAAGCAGGGCAGGGUUGCGCGGAAGUGGACGCCAUCCUCAGGGACAUCUCCCAGCGCUGCGAGGAAGCCCUGCAGAACCGUGACCCUAAGCGGCCCCGGCUGCAGCCAGAGCCAGACAGCAAGGACUGCAGCUCCAGGAACCUCCACGGCGCCUUCCGAGGACUGCGCACCGACUGCAGCGCCAGCUCGGUGAAUCUGAGCCACAGUGAGCUGGAGGAAGGCGGCUCCUUCAGCACGCCCAUCCGCAGCCACAGUACCAUCCGCACCCUGGCCUUCCCCCAGGGCAAAGCCUUCACCAUCCGGACAGUCACCGGUGGCUACAAAUUCCGCUGGGUCCCCAGCUGAUCUGGGAUGUGGCUUCCCCUAAAAUACUGCCCUGUGUAACAGCAGAGGGAAGCAUCUGCAAGCAAGUGGGCAUAGCUAGAAAUGUUUCCCACAUCUGGUUUCCAGAAUUCUCUGCAAGCAAACGCCACUCGGAAACUUUAUUAUAGUUAUUAUUUUUUUUUUUUCAGAAACAGAAAUGUCUUGAUACCUGUGCAAUGAAAAGUUCUGCUCCGAAGCCCCAUAUACUGCUUGCUUUUACACGGUGAAAUUGCGUGUAUACACACGCACACCUGCGGCUAAGCACACGCCACAGUCAAACUUAGAUGUAUUUAUUUUUUAGCGCUUUGUUUGUUUGAGGCAGGUCCAGGAGGCACAUAGACCAGCUGGACACAGACUUGCUUUUAUGAUUGCUUCUGUUUCCUUCUGCUUCCAUCUCCUGAGUGCUGGGUUACAGGUGCUCACCACCAUAUUUGACUGUUUUAGCCUUUUUGUAAGAAGAGAGAACAAUGCAAAGGAAUGAUGUGGGUUUUUUCCACUAGAGAGGAAUUAUCCCAUCACAGUCAUUUAAAGGCUUGGGAUUCAGAAUCCUGGUAUCUCGGUGUUUUGACACAUCACCCAAUUCCCCUCUGUCCUCAGAGUACACCUACCUCCUAGCUGUGUUAACUACUGGAAAAUGCUAUUUCAGUUGGAAAAAAAAAAAAAACAAAACCCACCACCACCAAAACUCCGGAAACAACUUGGCAGUUGUGGAGCAAGCUUGCACUAGGAUGCAGUGGUCAUCCCAGCACUAAGGAGACAGAGGCAGGCGGAUCUCUGAGUUCCAGGCCAGCCUGGUCUACAGAGUGAGUUCCAGGACAGCCAAAGCUAUGCAGAGAACCCUAUCUUAAAAAACAAAGAAACAAAACCAAGCAAAGCUACACAAUUAGGCAAACGCUGAUGCAGGAUAGGUUUUAAACACAGCUGUUUGAAAUAAUCAUCCUAUGACUUUGUAAGAGUUAGUUUGCGUGCUUGCUGCUUUUGGAGAGGGCUUGGACUUCAGAACCCAGCAUCCAUAUCAAUGGCUCAAAUGGGAAACUCCAGUCCUGGGGUGGGGGGUGUGGUUAUCUGACAUCAUCCUCUUCUGGCUUCUGUGGGCAUCUGUAUGUUCCGGUGCUACACACACACACACACACACACACACACACACACACACACAAGUAAAAUUCUUUUAAAAAGG